GCAGUCGAGAACACGUAGCGGUCGUUGGUGGACUGCCAAGCGCUUGUUAUAUCGAGUCUUCGGCGCACUCAUCAGCUGAGCAAUAACUGAUGCUUUAGAAAAAGUGUAGCUGGUGAUUAGAUUCUAACAAACAUCGUUCAAUAAGAAAAGGAAUAAAACCCAACAUCAACAACCAAACGUCAAAUGAGUGUGUUCUAAAUAUACACAAUUUCAACCGUAUCGUGUAUCGAAGCGAAGCGGAAAGGUCAUCGAAUGUGGAUACAGUGAAACUAGAAUCGAGAGAAGCAGCAAAGAAAGAUCCGGCCCGUGUGUUGUUUGCGUGUAUGUGCAGGGAAAUUUCGUGACCUAGCGGGUUGCCCCCUCAUCGUGUACACGCACCCCAAAGGGGGCUGGCCGGUGCCAUAGAUAAUUGGCCAUGGUCAGCGGUUGAAGCGCGGAUUGAAGGCCAUUAACGCCCGACGCCGCAAAUGCUGUUGGAGCAGUGAAAAGCAGCAAUUUUGGUCGAGAAAAACGCACCAUCCCACGCACCGAAAGGAAACGACUGGUGAAAGGGCCACUAGUGAGGAGCACUCCAGCGCAAAGCAAAGCGGACGCCCCAUCGAAUACGCGAAUCCGGACCGGAACAAGAUGUCGAUAUCGAAUGGGAAAACGUCGUCCGAUAUCGAGAAUGUGGACUGGAACUCGUCCGGGAUGCUAACGCACACCAGAUAUGGCUCCACCAGCAGUCAAGUGUCGCAGAGCAGUGGCGACAUUUGCCGUAUCUGUCACUGCGAAUCCGACACGCUCAACCCGCUGCUGACGCCCUGCUACUGCUCCGGAAGUCUGAAGUUCGUGCACCAGACGUGCCUGCAGCAGUGGCUGACGGCGUCGGAAACGAAUGCCUGCGAGCUGUGCAAGUUCCCGUUCAUCAUGCACACCAAAAUCAAACCGUUCAACGAGUGGCGAAGCUUGGACAUGUCCGGUGUCGAAAGACGGCGACUGUGCUGCGCGGUGCUGUUCCACUGUGCCGCCGGCCUGUGCGUCAUCUGGUCGCUGUGCGUGUUGAUUGAGCGAGCUGCCGAGGAGGUGCGGCGCGGUCAGAUCGGUUGGCCCUUCUGGACGAAGCUGAUUGUGGUCACGGUUGGGCUGACCGGUGGCGUCGUCUUCAUGUACAUCCAGUGCAAGCAGUACUUGAGCCUAUGCAACCGUUGGCGCGCGAGAAAUAGAAUACUGCUCAUUCAGAACGCCCCGGAAAAGAUUCAUCCACCACAGUCGCCGCAGAUGCCCCAGUUCCGGCGGGUACGGACGGCGGCCACAUCAGGACAACAGCAGCAGCAGGCGCUCCAGCAACAGCAUCCAUUCGGGGCGAUGGGCAUCAAUGCGGUGAACAAUGCGGUCAGCGCGUCGGCAGCUUCCGCCGCCGUCCUCGGUAGCCAUCACAUGCACGUACGAUCGUCGUUCGAUCAUCCCCUCGGCACGGGGCUGGGGCUGGGCGGUUCCGCAGGCGGAGGAGGGAACCACUGCGAGCUGCAGCUGAAUCAGCAGGGACAGAUCAUCGCGGCAAACAUCGAAAGUAAUUCGAUCGAUCGGUACGAUCGCGACUGGACACUGGACGACAUCAGCCAGGUGUCGUUCAAACCGUGCCUCCAGGGAAGUGGCAGCCUUACGCCGAUGCCCUUCCACGACUCGCUGCACAACGUGUGCGAAUCGAACGGUGGUGGAAGUGUGGUGCCGGCUGCCGGUGCUGCCAUACAACCAUCCGCGCAAUCUGCCUCUGGUGAGCAGAACAUGAAUAACAGCUCCAACACUAGCAGCGGAAGUGGCGGCGGCCCUGAGUUGAGCUUGCUGAACAAACUGAACAACAACGGUGCGGAACGAAGCGGAAGCAGCUCGCCGAAUGUCGCGAUCGCCGCCACAACCGCUGCACCGGGCACCAUUGGACGCUACGUAAACUCGGCCAUAUUCCUCGAGAAUCGUGAUAUACUAAACGACCCGUCCGGUCCAGGAGGAUCGGUCAAUACGGAAGCGGUGACGGUAGGGGCGGUCGGUAACAACAAACUUUACCAUCGCCACUCAACGGUCCUGGCUGGUGGUGUGCCGCCGUCCAGCACUUUUGCCCGAGCCGAUGGCGGUGAAGAGGAAAGUAAUGGCAGCGCCACAGGUGGACAGGAGUGGACUCAGGAUCAGCAGUCGGGGGGAAGUAAAGCAUUCCGUCGCUACUCGGACACCAAAUUGUUGCAGAAGCAAACGCUCAGCUUCGUCCAGCCGUCGGAACCGCUGGCGCUCUGUGAGAUUGGCACGCACACCAAAGACCAGCUGUUGCUGAACCCGAAGAGCAUCAUCUACGACAUGACGAAUCUGCUCGGUCCGGCGGUGAUCAUUCCCGGGGAGCAGGAUGGAGGGACAAACGACAAUGUGUCCGGUGCACCCGGUAAUCAUCGGCACCAUCAUAGUCACCAUCAUCAUGGGCAUCAUCAUCAUUUGCAUCAUCAUCGGCACCAUCAUCCGUAUCGGCACCAUCAGCAGCAGCAGCAGCAGCAACAUUCCCCGGCGGAUCGAGCGACCGGAGACGACACACUGCCCUCCACCGACAUCCAGUUUGAUGCCGGUGUGGAUGAUGAUGCACUGGAGAUGAACAUACAGGAGAUUCUGGACUACGAUCAGCAGCAACAGCAGCAGCAGCACUUUUUCCCCAACGAUAGGAAGCACACCGCACAGGCAAAGGCCCCGAACGAGCAGCGACUGUCGCUGGAGAACAUUCUGCAAGCGUCUUACCAUGACGAUCCAAGCACGGUCCCGAGCCGGCCGUACUAUGACCACGGUCACGCACCGAUCUCCCUCAGUCUCUCUAGUAAAACUCCGCCGGGGGGAGGCACGGUAUCUGGCCGGAUAAUACCGUCACAACAGCAUCCGCACCAACAGCCAGCAUUGUCGUCGUUUUCGGCCACCGGCGGGGCGUACCCUCAUCCACGUUCCACGAUGGCCGGUACGAUCGUCGUUUCCGGCGGUGUUACGGAUCAUCCUCUCCGAUCGCCACCGGUACCGGAAAUGCAAUCGUACCAGCACCCUGCCGGCCCCCACCAUGCUCAUCCACAACUCCAGCAGCAACGUUCGCACUGCAACGAAUCCUCCGCCGGUACCACCGGGCACCGGUUCGGGGGCACCAACGAGGGCGGGACUAACAGCAAGCACAAACUGUUCAAAUCCCUGCCCAAUCUGAGCGCCAGCAGUGAAAAUCUGCUCCCGUAGAAUGGACCAUUGGUGGAGUAGGGUCGCGAUUAUUUAGGAUGAGGCUGACGUGCGAUUAAAUAAACAAUGGUAAUAUAUAUGUGAUUGUUCGCUAGAGGUAAACCAAGCCGUACGACGAUAUUUUAGCAGUUUUUUUGCAUUAUGUGGUACUCAAUCUUAUAAACUUUUAAAACCGAUGUGAAUAGGUGAGAAAACAGAAUGGAUUAGCGAGUGCCAGAAAGCGAGUGUAGACUCAGCGAGAGAAACGGAAGGACAGGCAGAGAAAUGCGGGUUUUGUCCAACGGAAAAGGGAAAAGAGGGCCAUCGUCAAAUAACAACGGGGGCCUGAUGGUGAGAAUGCGUAACAGGAUUGGAUCAAUCAAAAGAAACAACAAAAAAUACUCCGUUUUCCCCCAACUUUACCGUUCUUCUCAAUACUCUAUCCUCCAUAGUAGUGACGUUUUUAAAACAGUGAACUUGCUAAAACCAAUCUUAACUGCAUCCGUAACCGAACUCUGUUGCUAAAAGUUUUCUCUGACUGUUGGCCAAAUUAUUAUUGGCCCCGCCACACAACCCCCGUCGGCCAGGGUACUCUUUGUAGAUAGGCAGCAGCAGCAGCAGGAAAGUGCGUGUGUAGGAAACAGAUAGUCACAUGUGGUAGAUGGGAAAUGUCGUGAUAGGAUGAAUGAUAAUGAUGAGAUGGUGACUAAGAAGAAUCUUUUGGAUUAGCAAAAACAAAACAAAAAUUAGAUAAAGCAGGAGACGCCGCGACAAGAUUUUAAAGCCUUUCGGAUACUAUUCCAUCCCACCCUUCGUUGUUUGAGUGCUAGGGAUAUUAGGAAGAAAAGAAUGGAAGCGAGCAACGGUGGAACAGGAUUUCCCAUCCAAGUGCGUGCGGACUGGAAAGAAACUUGAUUGUACAUUUAAUACUAGCGAUAGAUGAAUGAGUAAAAUAAUUUUAA